GUCUAAUUUCGACAGUCGAACGGCAACCGUCUGAAGAUGCAGAAAACUUUUGUGCUCCACACUUUGUGCGCUCUGCUGGCCCUCGUGGCUUUGGUCUCUGCAGCGGCACAGCCCCCCAAAGUGCGCAAGGGCCUGACCGAGGAGCAGGAGAUUGGUGGCGUACAACAUCCACGACUGCUGCCAUCACGCGACUUUGUGGCACUUGAGGAGGAGCUGGAAACACGUUUCUGGCACGAUAAGGCCCAGACAAUAUUGGCCGAUAAGCUGGCCAGCCAUAAAAAGCUAAACGAGAACCGUGCCAAGAAUGUGAUCAUGUUCCUGGGUGACGGCAUGUCGGUGCACACGAUUGCGGCCACACGUGCCUUCCUCGGGGAUAGCAACAAGCAGGUUUACUUUGAGAAGUUCCCCUACCUGGGACUCUCCAAGACUUAUGCCGUGAACGAGCGCACCCCGGACUCGGCGAGCACGGCCACGGCCUACCUGUCGGGCGUCAAGGCCAACUACGGCACCAUUGGCGUCAAUGCCCAGGUGGAGCGUGCGGAUUGUGUGCGUGGCGCUGAUGCCAGCACCCACACCCAGAGCAUUGCCCAGUGGGCGCAGGAGGCGGGCAAGUGGGCGGGUCUGGUGACCACAGCCCGCGUGACGCAUGCCUCCCCAGCGGGCGUGUACGCUCACACCGCAGAGCGUAACUGGGAGCACGAUGGUUUGAUCACCGAUUCGGGCUGCAGCUCGGAGCUGAACAUGGACAUUGCCCGCCAGCUGGUGGAGUGGAGCGUGGGCCGGGAUCUGCGCGUGAUCAUGGGCGGUGGUCGUUCCUAUUUCCGCGAUCAUACGAUGCACGACGAGGAGGGCAACAAGGGACUGCGCAACGAUGGACGCGAUCUGAUCAAGGACUGGCAGGAGGACAAGUCGAAUCGUGGUGCCAAGGGGGAAUAUGUUUGGUCACUGAAGGGCCUCCGGGAAACGGAUCUCAACAAGACCGACUACCUGCUGGGUCUCUUUGAUGCCUCACAUCUGCCCUACCACGGCGAUCGGAAGCGCUCCCAUUUGGAGUACGCCGAGCCCUCGCUCUCCGACAUGACAGAGUCUGCGAUCAAACUGUUGAGACGCAAUGAUGAGGGCUACUUUUUGUUCGUGGAGAGCGGCCGGAUCGACAUGGCGCAUCAUGCCACGCUGGCACACAAAGCGCUGGAGGAUACGGAGCAGUUUGCUGCGGCUGUAAAGCUGGCCAGGGAUCUAACCAACGAGGAGGAUACACUGAUUGUGGUCACAUCGGAUCACUCGCAUACCAUGUCCAUCAAUGGUUAUCCUUACCGCCGCCAGAACAUCUUCUCUUUGGCACCCAAUCUAGCUGAGGAUGAGCUGCCCUUUACCAUUCUCUCGUAUGCCAAUGGCCCUGGCAGCACAGCAAACACCUACAGCGCCAGCACUGGCCGCGUGGAUCUCUCCCAUGUGGACACAACGUCAGCGGACUUCCGUUUCCAGGCCACCGUGCCAUUGAGCAGCGAGACCCAUGGCGCCGAGGAUGUGGCCGUGUUUGCCUCGGGCCCCUACGAGCAUUUGUUCACGGGCAACUACGAGCAGAGCAGCAUUCCCGCGAUGAUGGCAUUUGCCGCCAAUAUGGGUCCCUUUUCGAAGGAUAAACUCAAUGAGUGAUUUUUAAAUAAAAGAAAAGAGUCUGAUAUGCAAAGC